AUGGUGAUGGCCAACGACCAAGCUAGCAUCAUUGGUUCUGCGAUUGUUGGAAAUCGGAGACCCGAUCUCCAUCCCGGCUUCCCACUCAUACCCCUCUACUCCAACCUCAUUCCAGCCUUCUCCUCCCCACACUACAGCCCUUCCAUCUCCCAGCUAUAUUGUCACUUCACUCUGAAAGUCCCCACCCCUCCUAUUGCUGUUCUCCUUGGUCUGCGCGUCAUUGUUGGGUUGGUGCUCCAUGCGCCCUCUCGCUACGAGAUGGAGGCCGAUAUCAAAUCCCGGACAAUUCACCCCAAUAGUGAUGUUGGGGAUGCCAGGACUCGGAACUGGCAGCCGCCGCCAGGCUCAGCACUGGGGGGGCGCUUGCUGAUCCUUCGUGACGCUCUCUGUUCGAUUUCGGCUUGUCACAUCGUACCGUUGAUAUGUAAAAAGAUACCUUUUAUGCAUCCGGUGGCCCCAAAAGCCCCGGAUAGCGACCAUGCCGCCCCUCCCACCCCACGCCCCCAAACGACUGACGACACACUCUCCAUCAUCAACAGCGACGACUAUGCCCACCGACACGCACCAUGGCAGAAAAAGCCAGCCUCGAUUCCAUCCCGAUCAUGCAACGACCCCAGCGUCCACAUCGGUGCCACUCGCCGUGGUACACGGGAUUUGCACGUGAAAACGACCACCAGCAAGCAGGAGUAUUCACUAUCGGCCCCCAUCUGCAGCUGUGGGAACGUUUCAAUGCAAAAUCAGCGGAGCAGCGACGACGACAGACUGGAUGAGGACAGCCACGAGAGGGACUAG